AUGAAGAUCGAUGAUCUGCUGGAUACUUUUGUACCUCCAGAGGUAGUGCAAAAGUACUUUCCCUGCGGCCUCUGUGGGCACGAUAAACACGGUCGUCCCGUCCUCUACUGCCCAGCCGGCACGGCAGAUGUCUUUGGUCUCAUGAAGUCGGCUCCACGUGCACAGUUAGUCAACUCUCAGUUCUACCUGAUGGAGAGCGUCCUCCACAGGCAUUUUCCCUCAGCGGCAGCCGCCGCCGGUCGUCCCGUGGAUCAGUUGGUGGUGAUCUUUGACCUGCAACACAUGAACCGGCGCCAGUUGUGGAGACCCUGGCUGAGCUUUGUUCAGGAGUUGACCUCGACCUUUGAACUGAACUAUCCUGAGGUCAUGGCUGUGAGCUUUGUUAUCAAUGCGCCGGCCUUCUUCUCGCUCGUAUUCUCCCUCCUCAAACCGCUACUGAGCAAGGAAACUCAGGCGAAGGUUCAUGUGAGUUACAGGAGAUUUUGUUUUAUUUUACCCAGUCAGUGUUCUUUUUUUGUUCCCGUGCGUUUUCAGCGGGUACCCGAAGUUAUUUUCGCGUGCAUAGUAGAGCCUGUCAAGGGAGGAGCAUGA